AUGUGGAGUAGUGAAGAUGAAUACGAUGAUGAGGAUGAUAGUGACAACUCUGAUUCAGGGUUCUUCUUUCAACAACAACGAGGAAUAGAUGAAGACGAUGAUAAUACGGAAGACGAAGACGACGACGACGAUGAUGAAGAUGAAGAAAGGGUAACAAUACAAAGAAAUUUAAGAUCCAUUGGAGCAUUAAACAGCAGGAUACCUCUCCCUGCAAAUAGUAAUAGUAAUAGCAACAAUCCAAUUGUAUUAAUUGAUAUAGAUGAAAGUUCAUCUCAACCUCAACAACCAACUUCAACGACCAGUACAACAUCAACUAUGAUUACAGGAGGUGCUGUUGAUAUUGACGAUGAUUUAUCAAUCAUUUCUUCGACUACUUCAACUAUCCCAAUGAGAAAUAAUGAUGUUGUAGAUUUGACAGACGACUCUGUAGUAUUUCAUCCACCUACUACAACUACAAAUAAUAAUAAUAAUAAUGGUUCAAGGCCGAUGAUAACGUAUGCGGCAGUUGGAGAUUUAGUUAGAAUGAUUAUAAAGAGAAAGGCAGAAGAUGAUAAUAAUUCGUCGCAAGACGAUGUGAUACAUUUGGCAAAUGUUCGACCUUCUCCUGGUCGUACACCGGCGUCACCGUCAGUGACUCGGGUGCAUAACCACCACCACUACCAUCACUAUGCUCCACAGAGUGUGGAUGGGCCGUCGGUUGUGGCCGUUGCACAGAAACCAUUUACUCCAUUUGUUCCAUUACAACAACCCAAUUUAAAAUCAAGUAAUCCUUUUAGCUUUGUAAAUAGUUCAGAAUAUAAAUCAAUCCUCAAUGAAAAGAGUGAUGAUGAAGAGGAUGAUGAUGAUGAAGAGGAAGAGAGUGACAAAACAAAGGAAUCGGCAGCGAAUGGUGGAUCUACCACUUCCACAACUGGACCAAAAGAAAAAAAGAAAAAGAUAUCAUGUCCAAUCUGUUUUGAAAAGAUGGAAAAGAUGUCAUCUACAACUUGUGGACAUGUAUUUUGUACCGAUUGUAUUCAAGCGGCUUUGACUAGACGUAAAGUAUGUCCUGUAUGUUCAACUAAAUUAACUGCAAAGAAACCAUAUCAUUCAAUUUUCUUUUAA